ACGUCCUCCGGAAAGAAAAAGAGAGAGAGGGAGAGAGCGAGCGAGCAGAAAAACGCCGAGCCCCUACAGCUCAGAUCUCAAAUCUUCCUCCUCCUCCUCCACCUCCUCCAAACACACAACAACCACCACCACAAAUCCGCUGCGCUCCCAAAACAACCCCCCGAUUGCAAACCACAGAGCUGCCUGCAACACACACACGCUCGCAGAGGGAGCGAGAAAGCUAAGAGGGAGAGAGGGGAGAGGAGCCUGCAGCAAGCAGCUUCUCAGCAGAACGGCUACAUUGCACAAGCUGCUUUUUUGGAGGAGCUCAGUAGAAGAAAGCUCUGGGAUUUUAUUUUAGAUCCACUUUAUUUUGUUUUCUUUGGCUUUCCCCUUUCCUCUUGAUCGUUUGCAACAGCAACAAAAAAAGUGACUUGGUAUUGGCGAGUCGGCCUCCUGUUCAUUGAGGAAAAAAAAGAAAAGCGUGUGUGUGAGACUGAUCUCUUUUUAGGAGCAAAGAAAACCCACCCCGACCUGGAGAGGUGUUUUGAUGAUUAUUAUUAUUAUAGUGUAUACGCGCACACAAGUAUUUAUAAUCGAUCUGGGGAGAGGGAUCUAACUUUGCUCUGGACUUUUUUUUUUACAUGGUGAUCGUUCUUUCUCUAAUUUACAAGUUGGACUAAAGCAGAGUUUGGAAAAGAAUUUUUUUUUGCUUUAGGGCUGGAUUUAUUUGCAAACCGCAGGAAGAAGAAAAUACAAGAGAGAGAGGGGUUUGGUGCAGCGCCGCGAUCACGGAUUUCAGAUGUGUUCUAAGCCUGCCGGGGUGAGCACGCUUCCGGGCACUGAUGGAGACAAGAGCUCAGCACAGCAGUGGGUCGCAGCCCUUACUACAGGCUCGGCGUGACAGUGGGAGACCACACGGGGAGCCUGACCUGCGGGAUGUCCUAAUGCAGCAGGUUCACGUCUUGUCAUUGGACCAGAUCAGAGCCAUCCGAAACACGAAUGAAUACACAGAGGGACCUACGGUAGCUCCACGGCCAGGGGUCAAGUCCACUCCUCGGCUAGCAACCCAAUCCAAAAAUGAGAGACCCCAUGGCUUGCCGGAGCAUCGUCAUUUUAGCCGGAUUCAGCACACACAGACACACGCAUCGCCUCGGGCACCACUGUCCCGAUCUAUCAGCACGGUCAGCACAGGUUCACGGAGCAGUACGAGGACAAGUACGAGCAGUAAUUCAUCUGAACAAAGACUUCUAGGAUCAUCCUCAGGGCCAGUUGCUGAUGGGAUAGUCCGAAUGCAGCCCAAGUCUGAGCUCAAGUCGAGCGAGCUGAAGCCACUGAGCAAAGAAGACUUGGGAGCACACAGCUACAGGUGUGAAGACUGUGGAAAGUGUAAGUGUAAGGAGUGCACUUAUCCGAGGACCCUGCCCUCAUGUUGGAUUUGUGACAAGCAAUGUCUUUGCUCAGCCCAGAACGUGGUUGAUUACGGGACUUGCGUUUGCUGCGUGAAGGGCCUCUUCUACCACUGCUCUAACGAUGAUGAGGACAACUGUGCUGAUAACCCCUGCUCCUGCAGUCAGUCACAUUGCUGCACUAGGUGGUCCGCCAUGGGUGUAGUCUCCCUCUUUCUGCCUUGCUUGUGGUGUUACCUACCAGCCAAGGGUUGCCUUAAGUUGUGCCAGGGCUGUUACGACCGGGUAAAUCGGCCUGGGUGCCGCUGUAAACACUCCAACACCGUUUGCUGCAAAGUUCCCAGCAUCCCCCCUAGGAACUUUGAAAAGCCAACGUAGCAUCACUAGUCAGAAACACUAAAGUAACAAGGAUUAUUAUUUUAACAUACAUAUGCAACCAGCUAAGCAGCUAUGGUCUUGGCACUGUAGUAGAAGGGUUGGGGAUGUACUUUGCUGUUUGCAGUGAAAUGCUUUUCUCUGUGUGUGCCAUCUUAACUGAUACGCUUGUUAGGAUCCAGCUAGUGGCAUACAGGGAAAAAAAAAAGGGAUGCAGUACAUUGUGACCCACAUAUUGCAUAAGCUAAAGCAACACAGACACUCCUAGGCAACUCUAUUGUUUGUGAAUAGUACUUGCAAGAUUUGUGAAUUAGUAAAUGACUGCUUUUUUUUCAUUGUUUUCUGCCAGAGAUAAUAUGCUAUAUUUUUGUAUAUACAAUAAUAUUUUCAACUGUGAAAAGUAAGUGGUGUCAUAAGACAUGGCACAGUCAUAAAAUAUUAUACUAAUAUGUUGUACAUUCGGAAGAAUGUGAAUCAAUCAGUAUGUUUUUAGAUUGUAUUUUGUCUUACGGAAACUUUCUAUUACAAGACUUUGAUUUCCCUUCGGACUUCAUGUAUAUUGUACAGUUACAGUAAAAUUCAGCCUUUAUUUUCUAAUUUUUUCAACAUAUUGUUUAGUGUAAAAAAUAUUUAUUUGAAGUUUUAUUAUUUUAUAAAAAGAAAUAUUUAUUUUAAGAGGCAUCUUAAAAAUGUCACCCCUUUUUAUGAGGACGUCACAGUUGCUGCAAAUAAGGGGUGAACGAUGCAUAUGUUCACUAUAAAAUAGAAAAUAUAUUAACGUUUGAAAUUAAA